AUGGUAACUACAUAUUUUGGUGAGAAUGAUUUAAACAGAGUGUCUUUUCUCAGAACAGAAGAAGAGUUUAUCAGACGUACAUUAGCAUGUGAACAUUCCGUUUACGUACCGUUCGUAAAAGGUAGUGCUCUUUGCCGUAAAGAUGGUGCUAAAACUUCAAAUUCUUUAUUGACGAUAACGUAUGGUACUGCUACGUCUGCUUUUCAAAAAGUUAUCGACAAUUACUGUACUGUUCUCAAUAAACCUGAAUCAAGAAUAUCGGAGAGUCACAUCUCUCUUUCUUUUCUAGGUUUGAAACAGGAUGAUAAAAUUUCAAAUGAACAUGUUUUGACAUAUGGACGUAAUGAUAUUACUUACAGAGGAAUCCCAUACUAUGCUAUUGAUUUUGAUGAACCUCCGAGUGAUUUAAAGACCCUAUUUCCUGGUGACAAUACAAAAUUAGAAUUCAUAGAUAGUUGCUUAAUGGACAACUUCCACGCUUCCCUAUUUUCUCAUGCUAAAAUGUAUAUAGAUUGGUUAAGAAAUACUAGAUUCUGUACAGGUUGCGGUUAUUACACAUACCCAAUCGAAGCAGGCACAAAAGUUAGCUGUGGUAAUAAAGAUGUGACAAUCAAAUGCCAUGUGAGAGAUGCACGUGUCAACAACUUUUGUUUUCCUCGCACUGAUCCGAUUGCUAUAGUUGCAAUCGUUGAUGAUGCAUAUGAAAAGAUAUGUCUUGUUAGAACAAAGCGUAAGAUCGAUGAUAAACAUGCUUUUUACUCUAAUGUUGCUGGUUUCAUGGAACCUGGUGAAACUGUCGAAAAUGCAUGCGUCAGAGAAAUAUGGGAAGAAACUGGUAUAAAUUGUGAACCGAAUGAUAUUGAAAUUCUAGCAUCUCAACCAUGGCCAUACCCUGUAAACUUAAUGAUUGGAUGUGUUGCAAAGGUAAAAUUCAAUGGCUCUAACGAAAAGGUAAACCUUAACCACGAUCCUGAACUAUUAGAUGCUCAAUGGUUUCAAGUUUCUGACCUUGUUACCGCUGUGAAUACUCAUAAAGGCGGAUUUUUUAUGCCUUUUGUUAAAAACUACUAUUUACCAGGUAACCAAGCAGUCGCUUACAAUAUGCUUGAAUAUGUCGCUCAGCAAUACACUAAGCAACAUAAAUAA